UCUGGAUUGCUCCGCUGCUCUGAGUGGGCUCUCUUCGGUGAAUCGCGGUCCCACGACUCUCCUGAGGAAAACACUAUACUAAAAAUAAAAACCGGAGCCCACCGGCUUCAAACGCGAGGCGGAUAAGCGAGCAGUUCACUCAGAACGACUUCCACUCCACAGCCGCCAGUUUAACGCUAAUUCUUUCAGCUAACUUUCAAACGCUGAGCACAGAAACAAACAACCCCAAACUGCUGCUGUUUCACUGUGAAGGAGAACAGUGAGGCACAUUUGGCUGGAGAGAAAUAUGCUGGAGGUGGAGUAAAAGCCCAGAGCGCUGUCUUCGCUGCCUUCACUGUCUGUAACCUUCUCGGAGGAGGAGGACGUGGAUUAAGCAGUUGGGGAGGCUUCGUGAUACCGAGUGGGAUGCGAGCAGAUUGGUGCUGGGCUGAGCGUGAAGGAGCAUGGUGAAACACCAACCCUUACAGGUCUACGAGAGACAGCUGUGUUUGUCCUGCCUGACCGGGAUCUAUGGGUGCCGCUGGAAACGCUACCAGCGCUCCCAUGACGACAGCUCCAAGUGGGAGUGCUCCUGGUUCCUCAUCCUGUGCUCCUCCUUUCUUCUCCUCCUCGUCUGGUCCUACUUCUGGUGGGAGGCCCACAAUGACUACAAUGAGUUUAACUGGUUGUUAUAUAACCGCUCGGGCGAAUGGAGCGACGGCACAGUCCCCAUUCUCACAACCACACUCGUGGGAUUCUCUUACACUGCAUUUUUAAUGAUCUUAGCUUUUUGCCAUAUUGCACUGGGACAGCAGCUCAACCUAUACUGGAUUCACAAGAUUGGAGUGCUGGCUGUUCUUCUCACCACCAUCACUGGUGUGGUGUCCAUCGAUGACUUAUGGAGGGACGAAUGGGACAUUGUGCUCAUCUCUCUUCAGUCAACAGGACCAUUUCUGCACAUAGGAGCGGUUGCCGCGGUGACUGCGUUGGGGUGGCUUGUAGCGGGACAAGUUGUGCGUGGAGACAGAACGAGGUUUCAUGUCGUGCUGCUCCUGGUCUAUCUGUGUGUUCUCCUGGCUCUCUAUCUGGCCCCCUUUGCCAUCUCGUCCCCCUGCAUCAUGGACCGGGCUGAUCUGAAGGCACGGCCCGCUGUCAUUGGUCGCCGAGGAGCUCCAAUGCUCACUCCCGAGAACACAGUGAUGUCCUUCAAUAAAGCUUUGCAGCAGAAGGUGAGCGCCUUUGAGGCCGAUGUCACUAUCAGUAUGGAUGGAGUGCCCUUCCUGAUGCGGGACCAAACCCUGCGCCGGACCACCGAUGUAGCCAGGCUCUUUCCCAAGCGCCAGCACGAUGACGCCUCACUCUUCAAUUGGACCGAGAUCCGCUCUCUGAACGCUGGCCUGUGGUUCCUGAGGGAUGACCCUUACUGGACCGUCCAGUUCAUGUCCACCAAGGACCGUAACCGAGUGGGCAACCAGACAGUGUGUAGUUUGUUGGAGCUGCUCCGUCUGGCGACUAGGACAAACCGCUCGGUCAUCUUCAGCCUGCGCAGACCACCACCACAGCACCCUCGCUACCAACUCUGGAUCAAAGAUGUCCAAAAGACCAUCCAACGCUCAGGCAUCCAGUCAGAACAGGUGAUGUGGACACCAGACUGGUACAGGAAGACCGUCCGAGCCGCCGUACCUCUGCUGCAGCAGACGUCAGAAGAGAAGCUUCCUGCAGAGGAGCUGAAAGAGAGGAGCAGCCGCACCCUCAGCUUACACUACAGUCAAGCUACGGUGCGGGAAAUCAGGCGCCUCAGCAGGAGCAACGUGAGUCUGAACGUGUACCCGGUGAACGAGCCGUGGCUGUACUCAGUGCUGUGGUGCAGCGGGGUGCAGUCUGUCUCCUCUGAUGCCCCUCAGAUCUUCCGUAAAGUGCCUCACCCCAUCUGGAUUAUGAGUCCAGAUGAAUACUGCUUGAUAUGGAUCACGUCCGAUCUGAUAUCCGCAGCGAUUGUCAUAGGUAUAUUCAUAUUCCAAAAGUGGAGGAUGAGCGGAAUGAGGAGCUAUAAUCCGGAGCAGAUCAUGCUCAGCGCUGUGGUGCGCAGGCCCAGUCGUGACGUCAACAUCAUGAAGGAGAAACUCAUCUUCUCAGAAAUAAACAAUGGAGUCAGCAGCACAGACGAGCUGUCUAUAUACACUGAACACGGAUAUGAGGGAUACACACGCGAUGGCAUUUCCCGUUGACCGGGGUGUGUUUUUUUUUGCGAGCAUCUGCCCUUUUUACGUUCUGAUGUGAUUACAUUAUUAGUUUGCAGAUGGGAUUGACGUUCUCAAAUUCUUGGAAGGUGUUUUUGUUUCAUUUUGGAUGGAACCCUUUUUUACGAGUGCACCUCAGCACAUCUUAUCUGCUGGUUUUGCAGAGGACCAAUGAAGGACUGGUCAGUGGUCAAGCGUGCUAUUUUGAAUGAUGGGCACAUUUUUAUUUUUAUUUUCAAAGACCUCUGAAUCAAACUCCAGCAGCACCAUUCCUUAGUCAUGAGUUCUGUAUGUAUUUUUGGAACUGCACAGAAGACUGAAUUCCCACUUUUCUUGUGUUCUACCAACAGUUUGCUGGAUGUUGAAUUUGUAUUGACUAUUUAUGUAACGGACUUUCACUUUGAUGCCUUAUGUUGUGUUCUGUAUUAAAGUGUAUAUAAGAAGA